AUUUCCUUACUUUCUAGAGCAUCAUCCCAUCUUCUCCCUCUCCCUCCUACUCUCUUCAACCACAUACCCUCACACACAAACACAAUGGGUUGGUUCUCCCGGUCCUCCGACUCCAACACCGCCUCCGACGGCGGCCGCAUCGCCCCCGAUCGAUCCUCGCGCGAACAAUGCUACCAAGGCCGCGACAUGUUCUUUUCUUGCCUGGACCGGAAUGAUAUUUUGGAUGCGAUCAAGGAUGACAAGGAGGCGCGACGGAAGUGCGGGAAGGAGAUCGCAGAGUUUGAGACGGCUUGCUCGAGGGCUUGGGUCAAAUACUUCAAGGAGAAGCGCGUGAUGGAGUACAACCGGGAUAAGACCAUUGAGCGGAUCAAGAAGGAGGAUGCUGCCCAGGUUCAAGAUCUGAAAGCACAAGGAUGGACUUCCCGGUAGGGACAAAGAGGAUAGGAACAAUGAAGUGAUAUGUAUGAAAAAGGAGGAUAUGACUGCGCCCCUGAACGGGCGCUUUAUUGUACUAUAUAACAUUACGCUUACCAGUUUACAAUGACUGCCGGACGGCAUACUGGCAGGCGAGACGCUCUCCACUAUAUGCCGAACAUUGGCCGGUUAGAAUUAUCAUGC